CAUUUGUGUUUUUGUUUUUUUAUUUCCUUACCAUUUGUGCUUCGUUAUGUUGUCAGCAAUCAGAUUGCAUUGCAUUUCAAGUGGUCGCAAACUUCAUAUUGUACACGGCAAUUAAUGUGGCUGGCAUGUACACCAAGUAUCUGACAGAUCGUGGGCAGCGCCUUGCUUUCAUCGAAACACACAAAGCCAUGGAACAUAAAAAGGAGUCGGAGAAGGAGUUGCAGCGAACGCAAAAGUUGCUGGACUCAAUACUUCCGAACAUUGUGAACAAUCAAAUACGAGCCGAAAUGUAUAAAGGCACCGAUCCCACCGUCGAAACCCAAUUCAAUAAGCUCUACGUAUACCCAAUGGAUAAUGUCAGUAUACUAUUCGCGGAUAUCAAGGGUUUCACUGAGUUAGCAAGUAAAACAUCCGCCCAGCAGCUUGUCAAAAUUUUAAACGAUUUGUUUGCACGUUUCGACCGUAUCGCCGAGGACAAUCACUGUUUGCGUGUGAAACUCUUGGGCGAUUGCUAUUACUGUGUGUCACAGUUCGAGAGCGACAACUGGAAGACGCGACCGGAUCAUGCGGUGUGCAGUGUGGAGACUGGACUGCAUAUGAUAAAGGCAAUCAAGGAUGUGCGGCUACACACGCAUGUCGAUUUAAAUAUGCGCAUCGGCAUUCAUAGCGGUUCGGUGAUGUGCGGCGUGUUGGGCAAUAAAAAAUGGCAUUUUGAUGUUUGGUCGAACGAUGUUAUUAUUGCAAAUCACAUGGAAUCUGGCGGUAUUCCCGGACGUGUACACAUCUCCGAGGCCACAUUGAAGUGCCUCAACGAGGCCUACGAAGUGGAGCCGGGCAACGGCGGUAGCCGUGACAAUCACUUGAAAAUGAUGAACAUCAAAACGUAUCUAAUCAAGCGCACCGAACCGUUACGGCCGAAACGUCGCUUUGGCACGCGCAGCAGUCAACACUUAGCCAACACCAUUGGCACUGCGACCGGUGGCAGUGAUGCCAGCACCCCAACCGCCGUUACAACACCCGCCAGCAUAGGCUCCAAAUCCAUACCGACCGCAGCUGGUGUUGAAGUUCAACAACAACAACAAGUGGGACAUCUGCCCGCCACACCACUCGCAACGCUGGCCGCAUUGCAGAAGAAGAAUAUUUCGGUGAACUCGCUGCCAAAUGUGAUGGAAGGUGUAGCUUUGGGUAAUGGUGGACGUGUAGGUGAUGGUAUUAAUGGCCCUAGCAGCAACGGUGCGGGCAGCGGCGGUGCUGCAGACUCAACUGGCUUAUCGACUGUCUCUUCGCCGACUACGAUGAUUGCGCCCAUAACAGUGGUCGAUCAGCAACCGCUAAAAAUGAACGGCGCAACAGCGAGUUCGCAGAAUCUGGCAAACACCAUCGACCCGAAAGCAUUAAUUAUUGAGGAUGAACCGACCACGGAAUGGACACCGGAAAUCCCAUUCAAAAAUCUCAACUCGCCGCAGGACGGUCUCAAUCGAAGUGAUUCGGUGUUGGUCGAUGCCAAACAAGACAAUGGUCAUUCAACGACCGCAUUGGAUGAAGAGAUUGACGAUUUUAUUGAACAAAAUAUACAAAUAAAUUCCAAUAAGGAAAUUAGACGAGAGUACCUGAAUACGUGGACCUUAAAGUUUAAAGAUCGAAGUCAAGAACAGAAAUUUUGUCAAUUACGGGAAGAUAUGUUUAGAUCGAAUAUGCUGUGCAUUUUUAUCAUAUGGCUAUUUAUUGUUAUGUGUCAAGUCAUUAUUAUUCCACGUUGUACCAAAUUAAUAAUUUGCCUAGUGGUCGGAACCAUAUGCUUAACCUUCUCCUGUGUGCUAGUCAUGGCUGAGGAGUUUUCAAACUUGCCACUUUAUCUGAAACAGAAUUCCGCCAAACUUGUACAUCAACGGCGACGCAGAACCUUCUUCAUUUGCAUUGUUAUAGUACUGAUGUCGGUUUUAAGUGCAAUUGGCUUGGCAAUUUGUCCGGAUUCCACAUACGCUUUCGACAAUACGGACGAUGAUAACAAUACCAAUACACAGUUAAAUAAUGGCAGCAACAAUGCCAUCAGUGCUUUAUUGGCAAAUGGUAGUGAGAAGGAAAUCAAGUUGAAUGUGUACUUAUCGGCGACAAUACAUCACAAUAUCACCAUUAAUGCUGCCAAUGGCACAAUCGUCGAUGCAUUCAUCACUGACAACCUCACAGCGGCACCAGCUGGCGAUCUCGUGCGGCAGAGUAUCGUUAAUGCGCUGAAUCUAACGCAAACACCAAUAAAUCUGCUAAAUGCAACGAGCAAAACAUUGGAUACAUUUGAGCAAUCUCCGCAUGGCAUUUUAUUGGCGGCGGCAGCAGCCACCUCACUCACCAACGCCAACACCAAUGACAACGAUAAUGAAUUGGAAUUGGGAGCUGCAAAUAGCACAGAGCUUUUCAACAGUUUCAAUGGGACAAAAGCUUUGGACGAGCUGAAGCAGAGCAAUGACUGUGCGCAUCCUGAGUAUAUAAUAUUCACCUGGGUGCUGUGUCUGGUGUCGCUGGCUACGGCCUUGAAAUUGUACUUUCUCAUCAAAACAUGUAUGGCGCUGGCGAUGGUUGCCUGCUAUAUGAUCUUGAUACUGGCAUAUCCAGCUUUCUACGAAUCGUCUGCAGCGAAUUUUGAGUACCAGCGUAUGGCAGUGCCCUUGGAUGUGCAGAUGCUGAUAUUGUUAUGCUCGUUUCUGGUAAUGGUGGCCUAUCACGCCCGCCUGGUGGAGGUCACUUCGCGUCUGGAUUUCAUUUGGAAGGAGCAAGCUGAACGUGAAUUAAUUAAUAUGAAAUCGAAUCGAGCACUCAACGACACAUUAAUUAAGAACAUUCUGCCCCAUCAUGUAGCUGCCUAUUAUCUCUCCGAUGAGCACACGGAUGAAUUAUAUUCGAAAAAUCAUUCAUUAUGUGGUGUUAUGUUUGCUUCCAUACCCAACUUUCAGGAUUUCUACUCGGAGGACAUCGAUAACGGAAAAGCAUGCAUACGAAUCUUGAAUGAAAUUAUAUGUGACUUCGAUGAACUUUUGGAGGAACCGCGCUUCGCCUCCAUCGAGAAAAUCAAAACGGUUGGCGCCACAUACAUGGCUGCUUCCGGUCUGAAUUCAGCACAUCUACACGCGCGCGGCGAAACAGCGGAAGACAGCGUUUGUGACCUGGUGGAAUUUGCGUUUGCUAUGAAGCAAAAACUAGAAGAGAUCAACAAGGAAGCAUUCAACAAUUUUCAGCUGCGCGUAGGCAUCUGCAGCGGACCGCUGGUAAGCGGUGUGAUUGGUGCGCGCAAGCCUGUCUACGAUAUUUGGGGCAAUACGGUGAACGUGGCCUCACGUAUGGACUCCACCGGCGAGAAUUGGCGCAUACAAGUGCCGACUAAAACUUCGGAAUUGCUAAAGGCCAAGGGAUAUACUUGUGUGAAACGCGGCGAGAUUAACGUGAAGGGUAAAGGCCUAAUGGUCACGUACUUUGUGCAUCCUAAAGGCGCCAGUGAAAGUCAAUUAUCAUCACCGGUGCGGCUGCCAGCGGGUGUGCCCUUAUCGCAGGCGCCCAACUUACAACGGCAGAUAUCGCAUCACGGUUCAUUCAGCGCCGUGGUUUUCGGCAUGUUGCAAGCAUCGAAACGUAGCACGACUAUUGCAGGCACACCGACUGGCACUCCCUCACCGCAAAUACGACGUGGUCGACGUGGUAGUACCUUCAGUUCGGUGCGCCUAUCGCAAAAGUCUACCACCAACAAUCCGGUGAGGCGGAAUACAACACGAGUGCGUGGUCGCUCCUAUCGACAAAAGAAGAGCUCGUCCAACAACUCGAUAGUAACACAGACCAGUAACUCCUAUAUAUCGUCCUUCCGACGCAUCGAUCAGAUCGAAACGACGCUGUCCAAAAGUCAUAACGAUGCUUUAUAGCCUAUGCGUAAUUGGGUCUAAGCUGCCCUGUGCAUGAACAACAACAACCACAAUUUUAAUUACUUAGUACUUACAUAAUGAACUUAUUUAUUGUUACUAUUAAGCAAUUUCUAGUUUAGACAUAUUUGAGAGUAUAUAUAUGUAUGUGUAUAUUUAUGUAGAAUAUAUUUGUAUGUCAAAAGUAAAGACACAAACACCACGGUGAGGCCCUGCAUGUAAACUGAUUUCAAUUAAGCGAAAAGUGCAUUUAUUUUUGAAGCAUUUUUUAAGUUAGUUAGACUAUUGAAUAGAUAAAAGCGUAUGUAUUCGACGAAUCAUUUACGUACUUAAUUAUCAGCAAUUCAAUUACUUAUGGCAAAUGUGAAUGUGAAAAGAUUUAGCUUUAUUUUAAAUUUAUGACAAGAAUAUUAAGAAAUUUACAAAAAAAAUAAAAACAAAACCUAGAAACUAAGAUAGCAAAGGACCGCAUAAAGUAAGCAUAUUUGUAUGCAUAUAUAAGAUACGUAUGUACAUACAUAUAACUUGCGUUCAACUUUGGUUAGAUUUUUAGCCAAGAACAGCCUUAUAGUUCUACGCCGACUCUGAACGGCUUAUAUUUCUUAUGUGAGCCUUUUUUAAGUCUAAUGUUACAAAUGCUGAGAAAUUUUGUUGAAAAUUUGUAUUUGAAAACGUUAUAUCGGCCAUUUCAAAAAACAGAGAACACUACAUACAACACUCUCCAAUAAAAAAAAAAUUUGGUUUCACGAUAUAUUCCUUUAUACAUAUAUAAUGUUGUAGGCAAAAAAUAGUGAGACUUUGUUUAUAAUUUUAAAAUUCCUAAUUUACUCCUCAAAAAACAUAUAGCACAUACCUUCAAUUGAGUAAAACCAGUUCCCGGGAGGGCUCGUUUGAGUUUGGUGAAUAACCAGAUGUCACACGGAGCUAAAUCAGGCGUAUAAGGUGGUUGCGGCUCGAUAUUGAUGAAAAAUUUGGCUAAAAAGUCUCGAAAAAUCAAUUCAGUUUGCGACGGUGCAAAAAUUAACGAUUGUCGGCCCAUAAUUCCUCUUGUUACGAAUAGCUUCGGGCAAACGACGCAUAACUCUCAAAUAGUGUUCCUUGUUGACAAUUUGGCCGGCAGGAUGGCAUUCAGAGUACACUACACCUCUAUAAUCGUAGAAGACUGGCAACAUGACCUUGAUUUUUGACCGCAUUUAACGUGUUUUUCGGAGUCGGCUCAACUCUGCCACCAUAUUCGGCCAAUUGAUUAUCUGUUUCCGAGUCGUAAACAUAGAUCGAAGACUCAUCGCGCGGCGCUGUUUUUCGCAAAAUUGUGAUUUUACUUUUCUUACGCUGAAAUGAUCUUUCAAAAUGGUUUUCACUGAUCCUUUCGAUAUAUGAACAAUACAAGUAAGAACGCUGACUGUUAAUCAUCGAGUCUCAAGCAUCAAUUCCUUUAUUUUGUUGACGUUAUGUUGAUGGCGGUCCUGUGCGAGGUUCGUUUGCAACGCGUUUCGUCCCUCUUUGACCAUUUGUACCAAUCAAAACCACUUGCUCUAGACAAAGAAUUAUCAACUAAGGCCUUUUCCAACAUUCUGUACCUUUGGGCAUCAGAAAUUUAAUUCCGCACUUAAAAUUUAAUGGAUCAUCUUUGUGGAAUAAUUUUACUCAUAGUAAAAAGCGCUGAAUGCACUUUGUGUACUUCAGAAAAAUAAGAGUAUACUAAGCUCUAAUGAUUAUUUUGAUGUGACAUUUGACAUAGAUGUCACUGACAGUCACAACCAAGAAAAAAAU